AUGAGUGCGAUGACAGUGUCGUUAGCCGCCUUGGACACUGGUUAUGCCUAUGAAAAUCCAGUUGGAGAUCAGUUAAUAGAGCCCACAGUUCACCAGGUGCAUCGUCCACUGAAACAUCGUCUCAAGCCAUCCAUAAAUUAUUGCAAUAAUGAGCUGGGAAGUGGUGAAACGACGGAAAGGUAUCGUGCAGCUCAUCCCCCGCCGCGACGUUUCAUACACCACAGGGAAGUGGUGGUAAACAGAGACUUCUUUGAGCCAUCGGCCGAGAGAGUUGAGGAACUGAAACGCAUUUUGCUGGAACAAUAA